AGGAAGGGGAAAGGAGCGGCCGCGGUGGGAGCGGGAGGAGCUGGAGAUGCUUCCAGCUCUCCCGAGGCCGUGCUCGUUCAGCCGCCGCAGCCGCACGGAGCAGCCGCGCGACGGGAGCCGCGGGCCGGGCCAGCCGGGCCUCCGGGGCCCAGUGCGCCGCGUUCGCAGCGGGUAGCGCAGCCAGCGUCGUCUCCGCUCGCUCGGCGGCCGAGGGGCCCGAGACCGGUCCGGGGAGGGGGCGAGGGCGGCGCCCCGGCGCCCGUUGGCAGGGGAGGCAGGAUGAGCAUCGAGAUUCCGGCGGGACUGACGGAGCUGCUGCAGGGCUUCACGGUGGAGGUGCUGAGGCACCAGCCCGCGGACCUGCUGGAGUUCGCGCUGCAGCACUUCACGCGCCUGCAGGAGGAGAACGAGCGCAAAGGCGCCGCGCGCUUCGGCCAUGAGGGCAGGACCUGGGGGGACGUGGGCGCCGCCGGCGGGGGCGGUACCCCCAGCAGGGGGGUUAACUUCGCCGAGGAGCCCAUGCACAGCGGCUCGGAGAACGGCGAGGAGGAGGAGGCCACAGACGCAGGGGCGUUCAACGCUCCAGUAAUAAACCGAUUUACGAGGCGUGCCUCAGUAUGUGCAGAAGCUUAUAAUCCUGAUGAAGAAGAAGACGAUGCUGAGUCCAGGAUUAUACAUCCCAAAACUGACGAUCAAAGAAAUCGAUUGCAAGAAGCUUGCAAAGACAUCCUGCUGUUUAAGAACCUGGAUCCGGAGCAGAUGUCUCAAGUAUUAGAUGCCAUGUUUGAAAAAUUGGUCAAAGAAGGGGAACAUGUAAUUGAUCAAGGUGAUGAUGGCGACAACUUUUAUGUAAUCGAUAGAGGAACAUUUGAUAUCUACGUGAAAUGUGAUGGUGUUGGAAGGUGUGUUGGCAACUAUGACAAUCGUGGGAGUUUUGGCGAACUGGCCUUAAUGUACAAUACGCCCAGAGCAGCUACAAUCACUGCUACCUCUCCCGGUGCUCUGUGGGGCUUGGACAGGGUAACCUUCAGGAGGAUAAUUGUAAAAAAUAAUGCCAAAAAGAGAAAAAUGUAUGAAAGCUUUAUUGAGUCACUGCCAUUUCUUAAAUCUUUGGAAGUUUCUGAGCGCCUGAAAGUGGUAGAUGUGAUAGGCACCAAAGUAUACAACGAUGGAGAACAAAUCAUUGCUCAGGGAGACUUGGCUGAUUCUUUUUUCAUUGUAGAAUCUGGAGAAGUGAAAAUUACCAUGAAAAGGAAGGGUAAGUCAGAGGCGGAGGAGAACGGUGCAGUAGAAAUCGCUCGGUGCUCUCGGGGACAGUACUUUGGAGAACUUGCUCUGGUAACUAACAAGCCCCGAGCUGCUUCCGCACACGCCAUCGGGACCGUCAAAUGUUUAGCCAUGGAUGUGCAAGCAUUUGAAAGGCUUUUGGGACCUUGCAUGGAGAUUAUGAAAAGGAACAUCGCUACCUAUGAAGAACAAUUAGUUGCCCUGUUUGGAACAAACAUGGAUAUUGUUGAACCCACUGCAUGAAGCAAAAGUAUGGAGCAAGAAGACCUAUAGUGACAAAAUUACACAGUAGUGGUUAGUCCACUGAGAAUGUGUUUGUGUAGAUGCCAAGCAUUUUCUGUGAUUUCAGGUUUUUUCCUUUUUUUACAUUUACAGUGUAUCAGUAAACAGAGUAGUGAUUCAAUAGUCAAUAGGCUUUAACAUCACUUUCUAAAAGAGUAGAUCAAAACAAUAUCGACAUACUGAUAAAAUGACUUUCUACUCCACAAAAUUAUGAUUUGACUGAAAGGUUUAUUCAGAUGAUUAUAAUAUACUGAAAGUAUCUGUGUUUAAGAAGAUAAUUAAAGGAUGUUGUCAUAGGCAAUGUGUGUUCAUUUUGACUCACUCAGAUUGAUAUGUUAUGACUAUGCCCAUGUAAGAGGGAACUUGGCAGUGAAUCAUGCUAUACAGCAUGGCAUCACAUUCUUUUUACAACUCACUAUAUAUAGUACGUACAAUUUAGUAAUGUUUGUUUUCGAGUUUUUCUGGCUUGGUAAGUUAUGUACUGGCCUUGGCCUAUUGGUGAAAUGGUAUAAAACAUCAUAUGCAAUUUUAAGACCUUUUCUAUUUUUGCAAUAAAGUACCUUUUGACUUCUUUGGCAUAAUGUCAGUAACCUACAUAUUCCAGUGGUUUUAAGGACAGGCAGUUUAAUCAUUACAAUAAUAGGGAAGACUCUUUUUAGGUGAAAGGUCAUUAUUUUUCUCAUAAAGCAUCUAUCUAUGCUUCCUUUUUCCAUUUUGCAGUUCUCUGUAUUUGUUAUCUUUAAAAAUUUGAGUUUGACAUUUAAUGUCACAAAUUUUUUUUUUUUUUUUUUUUUUUUUUUGCGGUAUGCGGGCCUCUCACUGUUGUGGCCUCUCCCGUUGCGGAGCACAGGCUCCGGACGCGCAGGCUCAACGGCCAUGGCUCACGGGCCCAGCUGCUCCGCGGCAUGUGGGAUCUUCCCAGACCAGGACACGAACCUGUGUCCCCUGCAUUGGCAGGCGGACUCUCAAUCACUGCACCACCAGGGAAGCCCUGUCACAAAUAUUUUUAAAUGCUCUUUAAACUUAUGUGUUGUCUUCUGAAAGCCUAAGAUCUUAUAUAUGCUAAAAAAAAAGUCUCCUAUACCAAAAAUAUUUGGGGUCCUUAUCAACAUGCCCUUAAGAUAGCUCUGUGUUCUUCACUAGAUGUACAUAAUACAAUCCUUUUCAGACAUCUGCUCCCAGGGGUUUCCUCCAAGGUGGGAGAAAUAAAUUUUUAUAAGUAAAACAUAUAUAAACAUAAAAGGAAUUUCUGUCCAUUCCAUGUAUACCAUUAGGCCUUGCCACUUGCUUUAAUGUAGACUCUCAAAAGUGCAGAAUGAACUCAACUGAAUAGAUUUUUGUUGACAAUUGACAUGAUUAUUCUGCUACAUAAAAUGAAUUUAAUUAUGUUCAACCAAAGGAAUAUAUUCUUACAAGAUUUCUAGGCCUACAUGACCCCAACGUCUAGAGAGAUUAAUUCUAACCAGUUGUUCCCUUUUAAAUGAGCAAUUUCAUUUUGGGAAACAUGUUUCAAAGAAAUAUAUACAUGGGUAAAAAGAUUCUGUGGCUAGUGUGGUCUUACUAGAGAAUGUUUAUGGUCUUGCUUGUAUAAUGAAAACGUGGUUAAAAUAUGUUAAUCAGAUAUGUAUAUAUAAGAAGUAUGUAAAGUAUACCUUCAGCCACAUUUUAGAACAGUUUUAACAAUUUUGCAAACUUUCCCACAGGAAGAGAGCUUACUACAUGAAGAGGACUUGUUUUCUAUUUCAGAUUUUAAAAGCCAUGUCUGCUAAACAAAAAACACAAAGAACCCCAAAUUCCUCGUUCAUCAUUCUGUAUUCUCAAUUUUAUUCACUUUUUCAGGUUACCUGUUUUGUUGCAUAAGCUGAUUGUUAACUACAAAUGCCUGUUUAAUAAAGAACUCUGACCAAGGCUGUAAAUGCCAGUUACAUUAUUUUCAGUAUUGUUGGUUAUAUUUAAAAUUUCCUUAUAAUAAAGCACACUUUUAUAAUAAA